CAAAAUGAAAUAUUGUAACUUUAACAUACUAAAACUACAUAUGAUAAAAGCAGUUACCAAGUAAGAAUUACAUUUACAAUAUUCAGUCCAUUUAUUUUUACAAAUUACAGAAAAAGCACUCCAUUAUCUAUGCCAGAGUGACUCCAAAGUAUCAUAGGGUUGGGAAACUGAAACUCUAAUUAUUUAGUCUUUCACUCCAUCCAAGACCUGAUAUGGAAUUAAUAUUCCCUAACAACAGAGACACUAAGCUGCCUGGACAGUCUCCCACAGUUUUUUUGCAACAUUGAGCCAACCAUUUACAGCAUACAGGAAGGCUUUUCUCAAAAGUGGAAAAUUUGAGGGACUAUUCUGCCCUGUAUUGGCAAAGCUCAUCAGUCACUUUUCUUUGUGUCCUGAAGAAUGUCUGGCAGACUCUUCUGUGAAGCAGAAAUCCCAAAGCACUGUUCUGCCUUGCUUGUUUUGAAAAUGUUCAUCAAUCACUUUCCUGUUGGUGCUGCAUGUAAAAUCUGCACAACACACUGUUGAUCAAGCAAAGGUAGUAGCAGGUUUUCUUUCACCCAGUAUUAGGCUUACCAGAAUGAAAGCAAUGCCAAUGGAGUUUCUUCAAUACCCAUCAUUUCUUAAGCAAAAUGCAGUGACCUAUGAUGAUGUGCAUAUUGAUUUCACUUGGGAAGAAUGGACUUUGCUGGAUCCUUCCCAGAAGAAUCUCUACAAAGAUGUUAUGCUGGAGACCUACAGAAACCUCACUAUUAUAGGAUACAGUUUGGAAGACCAUAAUAUUGAAAAGCCUUCUCAAUGGUCUAGAAGAUAUGAAAGGCAUGAAAGAAAUCAAACUGGAGGAAAAACUUCCAAAUACCCUCAAAGUAUUAAAGCCGUUGCAUGUCACAGUCAUCUUCAAAGGCAUAAAGGAAAACAUCCUAGCAAGAAACCAUAUGAAUGUAUUCAAUGUGUAAAGGCUUUUGCAUGUCCCAAAAGAUGUCAAAAACAAAAAAGAACACAUACUGGAGAGAAACCCUUUGAAUGUACUCAGUGUGGUAAAGUCUUUUUGUAUCAUAGUGUUCUUCAAAGACAUCAAAGAACACAUACUGGAGAGAAACCCUUUGAAUGUGAUCAUUGUGGUAAAGCCUUUGCACGUCUCAGUCAUCUUCAAAUACAUGAAAGAGCACAUACUGGAGAGAAACCCUAUGAAUGUAGUCAGUGUGGGAAAGGUUUUGCAAGUCAGGGUCGUCUUCACACUCAUAAAAGAACACAUACUGGAGAGAAACCCUAUGAAUGUACUCAAUGUGGUAAAGCAUUUGCAUGUUACAGUGAUCUUCAAAAGCAUAAAAGAACCCACACUGGAGAAAAACCCUUUGGAUGUAAUCAGUGUGGUAAAGCCUUUGCACGUCACAGUCAUCUUCAAAUACAUAAAAGAACACAUACAGGAGAGAAACCCUAUGAAUGUAUGCAGUGUGGUAAAGCCUAUGUAAGUCAGGGUCAUCUUCACAUUCAUAAAAGAACACAUACUGGCGAAAAACCCUAUGAAUGUACUCAGUGUGGUAAAGCCUUUGUAGCUCACAAUAGUCUCCGAAUACAUGAAAGAACUCACACAGGAGAAAAACCCUAUGUAUGUAAUCAUUGUGGUAAAGCUUUUGCAUGUAAUUAUCUUCAAAUACAUAAACGAACACAUACAGGAGAGAAACCCUAUGAAUGUAAUCAGUGUAGUAAAGCCUUUGCAUAUCACAGUGGUCUUCAAAGACAUAAAAGAAAACAUACUGGAGAGAAACCCUAUAAAUGUUAUCAGGGUGGUAAAGCUCUUGUAUGUCAUAAUAGUCCCCAAAUACGUGAAAGAACACAUACUGGAGAGAAACCCUAUGAAUGUAAUGUGUAGUAAAGCCUUUGCAUUUUACAAUAGUCUCCAAAAACAUGAAAGAAUGCAUAUUGGAGAGAAACCCUAUAACUGUAAUCAGUGUGAUAAAACCAUUGCAUCCCACAAUAGUCUUCAAAUGAAUAAAAAAAACUCAUAGUGGAGAAAAACAGUAUGAAUGUAAUCAGUCUGGUUAAUCCUUUGUGUAUCUCAAUGGUCUUUGAAGGCAUAAAAACACAUACUGGGGAGAGAGUCUAUGAAUGUUAUUUGUUACAGCCUUUUAUUUCACAAUAGUCUUUCAAUACAUUAAAGAACCUGUAUUGGUGAGAAACCCUAUGAAUGCAUUCAUUGUAGUCAAAAUAUUGCAUGUCAAAAGUCUACAAAAGAAUAAACAAACACAUACUUGAGAACACAUACUCAGAGGAUUAGCAUGUAUUCAUACACUAAGAACUUAUUAAUAUUCUAUUCAUACUCUGUCUUGAUGUAAUUAUUAUCAGUUCACAGCACAAACUGGAGAACACAUACUCUGUGGAUUAUCAUGUGUUCACUUCUCUCACUGAGAAUUUAAUAGUCUAGUCAUACCCUGUUUUGAUGUAAUUCUAUAUCACAUCGCAGCAGGGACAUGAGGACUCCAUCUCAACUCCUUAUGAAGGCCCAAAAUUAGAGCCUAGUUUUAUCCUGACAGAUAUUCAGUAUAUCUAAAUGUACUUUUUCUCCUUUUUGUUGUAAUAAAUAGUUAUCCACAGAGUGGUUGCCUUUAGGAUCCUUGGUCUAGAGUGGCUGUAAUACCUAAACAGCAUAAUGCCAAUGACUUGAUGCCUCAAAGUGUUAAAACAAUUGACUGUUCAAGUUGUCCUUUGAAUCAUGUAAAAGUAUUCCUUUACCUUCUCCUAGCUUUUGUAUUGGGGUAUAAUAGUACUUGGAAAAUUAAACGUGGACAAUUUCAGUAUUCAGUAGAA